AUGCCAGGGGAAGGCGGAAACUGCUCAGCCCCACACUGGGGCCCUACAGCAGAGCUUCCAACCCUCCCUUUUCCAGAGGUUGGGAGCCACAAAGUGCCAAAGAUCCAGAUGAUCCAGAGGCUCCCUCGCUGGCAGCAGCAGGCAGGGGGAGAGGCCCUAGCCCAAGACACCUUCCUGGCGAGCAGGAGGGGCCUGGCUAUGUUCCCCAUGGAGAUCCGACGUGCUUUACCUCAGGAUAUACGGGAGCUGCUGCACUGCUUGAAGAUGAGGAGCAAGUACGCCGUCCUGCUGGUCUUUGUCAUCAGCCUCGUUAUCAUCGAGAAGGAGAACAACUUCAUCUCCAGGGUGUCGGACAAGCUGAAGCAGUCCCCGCAGGCACUGGCAGAGGCCAACAGCACAGAGAUCAGCCCGGCAGCGGCCAAGAACGGCUCGCUGGCCUCGCUGCAGGAGCUGGAUGCUGCCUUCUCCCAACUGAGGUCCCACCUGUACAACAUCACCCUGCAGCUGGCAGGUGACGGGGACCCCGGGCCGCGGCGGCACGUCCUGCUGAUGGCCACCACCCGCACUGGCUCCUCCUUCGUUGGGGAGUUCUUCAACCAGCAGGGCAGCAUCUUCUACCUCUUUGAGCCCCUCUGGCACGUCGAGAAGACAGUGACCUUCCUGCCAGGGGGAGCCAGUGCAGUGGGCUCAGCCUUGGUUUACCGAGACGUCCUCAAGCAGCUCCUCCUCUGCGACCUCUACAUCUUGGAGAACUUCAUCUCACCGGUGCCCGAGGGCCACCUGACGCCCUUCUUGUUUCGGCGGGGCUCCAGCCACUCGCUGUGCGAGGAGCCCGUCUGCACACCCAGCACCAAGAAGGUCUUCGAGAAGUACUACUGCAAGAACCGCCGCUGCGGCCCCCUCAACAUCACGCUGGCGGCCGAGGCGUGCCGGCGCAAGCAGCACGUGGCCCUGAAGACCGUGCGCAUCCGGCAGCUGGAGUUCCUGCAGCCUCUGGUGGAGGACCCUCGGCUGGACCUGCGCAUCAUCCAGCUGGUGCGGGACCCCCGCGCCGUGCUGGCCUCGCGCAUGGUGGCCUUCUCCGGCAAGUACGAGACCUGGAAGAAGUGGGCGUCCGAAGGGGAGGCACCCCUGCGCGAGGAGGAGGUCCAGCGGCUACGAGGCAACUGCGAGAGCAUCCGCACGUCGGCGGAGCUGGGGCUGCGGCGGCCGGGCUGGCUGCGGGGCCGCUACAUGCUGGUGCGCUACGAGGACGUGGCGCGGGCGCCGCUGCAGAAGGCGCGGGAGAUGUUCCGCUUCGCCGGGCUGCCCCUCACCCCACAGGUGGAGGAGUGGAUCGGCAAAAACACACAGGCUCCCCACGACGGCAACGGCGUCUACUCCACGUGCAAAAACUCCUCUGAGCAGUUCGACAAGUGGCGGUUCAGCAUGCCCUUCAAGCUGGCGCAGGUGGUGCAGGAUGCCUGCGCCCCAGCCAUGCAGCUCUUCGGCUACAAGCUGGCCAGCAGCCCCGCGGCGCUGGCUAAUCGCUCCUUCAGCCUGCUGGAGGAGGCGCAGCCCGCCUGGGUCACGUAA